ACCUUUGAUUCUUUUCUGGUCAUUGCUUAGGAGAUGUUUAUUAACUUUGAAAGAACCUUUAGUCUUUACUCCAGAGUGAAUGUGAAAAAAUGUCUGUGUGUGAGGCUCAAGUCCUCAUUAGCAAACUGAGCACAUUACAGUUGCCUCAAAGGAAUGUUUUAAACAGCUUAGUGCUAUUGGCACAGUUGAUACUGUCUCUCAGUGUUUAGUGCACUUGUACAGCGCUCAAAAAUGGCGGUACGUUUGUUUGAGGAUAAAGAACAUGCAGACUCAUACUGGAAGUACCGAAUUUCUCCUUCUGAAGAGCUCAUCGACAAGGUUCUACAGUUCCACAGGAAUAAUAAAAAUUCAGCCAAUGACCUGGCAGUAGAUGUUGGUUGUGGGUCAGGGCAGGGAACGUUGCUCUUAGCACCACAUUUUACUUGUGUGGUAGGGACAGACAUCAGUCCUGCUCAACUGGAGAUGGGGAGGAAACAUGUUAAUAUUCCAAACGUCUCUUACAGGGAGAGUCCAGCUGAAGAACUGCCUUUUGAAGAUGGCUCUGUAGAUCUUGUGACGGCCAUGUCUGCGUUCCAUUGGUUUGAACAUUCACGUUUUCUUCGGGAGGCUCAUAGAGUGCUUAAGCCUCAUGGCUGCCUUGCAGUUCUCAACUACACCAUGGACAUGGAGCUGAGCUAUGGAGACUGCUCAGAGACUUUAAACCACAUCUGUAAUGAGUUUUAUGCAGCCCUGCAGCCUUUCCGGAAUCCUUACCUAGGUUCCAGCUCCUUCGAACUUUACAAGAAAACAUAUGACUCUCUCCAGUAUCCAGUCAAAGAAUGGCAGGACAUUUUUUGGGUGAGGAAGCCUGUCCCUCUCUCUGGCUACAUCGGCAUGGUGGAGUCUUUCUCCACUUUCCAGACUCUCUUAAAAAAAGAUCAAGAGGCCAGACGACUCUCACAGGACAUUGAACACAGACUGUUGCGUGCAAUGGAUGUAACAUCCUCGGAGAGAGAAGUUAUCAUGGGAGUUAAAUACUUCUAUUUUCUUGCCUGCAAGCCUGCAAAUGACUGAUUGCUUUCUUUAAAUCUUAAUUUUAGAACUUGUUAUUAAUUUGUAUUCCAAUAUGAUCAACUGAGUUACUAAUUUCCAUAACCAUCAAGUUUCAUAACCAUCAAGUAAAAAGUAAUA